CUUAGGUUGAGGUAGGAAAAGCACGGGCCACGCACAACCACGCACACAGAGCGUUCGCUUAUUAAAAUUUCGCCCACAAAUUAUUUCACAAACCCUUCAAGUCUUUUCUCUCGAGAAGUAGCCUUGCAACUCUCACCCACUAACCCCCAAUCAUCACAGCCGGUCAAAAUGAGUCACCGUAAGCACGAGGAACCUCGCCACGGUUCGCUGGCCUACCUUCCCCGCAAGCGUGCCGCCCGUCACAGAGGAAAGGUCAAGUCUUUCCCCAAGGAUGACCCUAAGAAGCCCGUCCACCUUACCGCCGCCAUGGGCUACAAGGCCGGUAUGACCACCAUUGUCCGCGACCUCGACCGUCCCGGAGCCAAGGCCAACAAGAAGGAGGUUGUCGAGGCUGUCACCAUUGUCGACACCCCUCCCAUGAUUGUUGUCGGUCUCGUUGGCUACGUCGAGACCCCCCGCGGUCUCCGCUCGCUCACCACUGUCUGGGCCGAGCACUUGUCUGACGAAGUCAAGCGCCGAUUCUACAAGAACUGGUACAAGUCCAAGAAGAAGGCCUUCACCAAGUACGCCAAGAAGCACUCCGAGGCCUCUGGCUCCUCCAUCACCCGUGAGCUUGAGCGCAUGAAGAAGUACUGCUCCGUCAUCCGUGUCCUCGCCCACACCCAGGUCCGCAAGACCCCUCUCAAGCAGAAGAAGGCUCACUUGAUGGAGGUCCAGGUCAACGGUGGCUCCAUCGAGGACAAGGUCCAGUUCGGCCACGACCUCUUUGAGAAGCCCGUCUCCAUCGACUCCAUCUUUGAGCAGGACGAGAUGAUUGACGUUAUCGCCGUCACCAAGGGUCACGGAUUCAACGGUGUCACUGCCCGUUGGGGCACCAAGAAGCUUCCCCGCAAGACGCACAAGGGUCUCCGCAAGGUUGCUUGUAUCGGUGCCUGGCACCCUAACCACGUCCAGUGGACUGUUGCCCGUGCUGGUCAGAUGGGUUACCACCACCGUACCUCUGCCAACCACAAGAUCUACAGAAUUGGCAAGGCCGAUGCUGAGGACUCUGCCUCCACUGAGCUCGACAUCACCAAGAAGAAGAUUACUCCUCUCGGUGGCUUUGUCCGCUACGGUGAGGUCAACAACGACUUCGUCAUGCUCAAGGGCUCUAUCCCUGGUGUCAAGAAGCGUGUCAUGACCCUCCGCAAGUCUAUGUGGACUCACACCUCCCGCCGUGCUCUCGAGAAGAUCAGCCUCAAGUGGAUCGAUACCUCUUCCGAGUUCGGUCACGGUGCUUUCCAGACCCCUGCCGAGAAGAAGCAGUUCAUGGGUACCCUCAAGAAGGACCUCUCCAGCGCUUAAGCGUCUGGCUGAUGGUUGUCUCUUGUUUGUGCGUUUCCAUGGUUUUGCAUCCGGUGUCGAGGGUUUGUUUUUCCCGGCCAUAUCUGUUUUUAUCAAUGGCUGGAUGCGGGUUUCAUAACGGAAUGAACGUAAAAGCCAGGUAGAGGAUAGUUAUGAAAUAAAAAAUGACAUAUUUUCC